ACCUUAUAAAAGUGCUCGAUUGUGCAACCUUCUGGCUGCUUUUCUGUUGUGUUUUCCAUUUUGCUACUGAAAUAAAAUCAAUUUAAAAAAACAAAUUUAAAAAAUAUUCCUCUGCAUAACAGACAAUCUAUCAAUCAUCAAUCAAAAUUCAUCCACGUCACCUCCUUCCAAAUUACCAAUUUAAACAUCAGCCAGAUCGUAUCAUACUUAUAUAUUAUCACUCACAGACGCUAUUAUCUUCCCGCGAGACACUCAAUCAGCCGGUGGGCAGGGCAACUAGUUACACACUCAAAAACAAAAACCUCUCACAGCAUCACCAGUCGCUAUACUCACGUCUUCCUUUUGUCGUCUUCCUGAGGUAUCAAGUAAUACUCGAGGAUAUGGUUCGCGCUUGGUACAUGGACGAGAGUCUGGCCGACCAGCGGCUGGAGCAUCACCGGCAACCGCCCGAGUUCCUCAGUCUCGAGGAACUGUUCCGGCGCACCGGGGUCGAGCAUUUUGAGGUCAACUACAAAGAUUAUGAAAAUGAUGAAACUUUGAAGAGCUUGAGAGAAAAAAGGGGAUACAGUUAUGAAGAUGAAAUCACAUGCUCUAAGGAAUGUUUGCAGAAUUAUGAGGAAAAGUUGAAAAAUUUUUUCACCGAACACUUGCACACAGAUGAAGAAAUUCGUCUUGUGCUUGAUGGAUCUGGUUACUUUGAUGUUCGAGAUGACAAGGAUCAGUGGAUUCGUAUUGAAGUAAAAGCUGGAGAUUUGAUCAUCAUUCCAAGUGGCAUUUACCACAGAUUCACGUUGGACGUGAAUGAUUACAUUAAAGCUAAGAGAUACUUUGUUGGAGAACCCGUUUGGCUACCCUACAACAGACCAGUGGAUGAAAUGGAAUGCAGAAGACAAUAUUUAGAGCGCUUGAAGAAUGGUUUCCAAGUCCCAGUAGCUUAACUGUAGAAGUAUGAUGAUAAAGGUGAAGAUGAUGUAUAAUCAAAAGAUUACAUUUUUUAAUGCUUGUUAUAUACUACACAUUGUUAACUAUUACUAAUGAAAGGUAGUAAAUAAACAAUUACUGAAUAUUUAUUCAUUUUAAUUCUAUAUUUCUACUAUAUUACAUUUUCAUUAAUAAAACAUAAAACCAUAUAAAAGUUUGAAAUAAAAUCGGUUGAAAUUAAGUACCGAUUCCAGAGUUAAUAAAAUAAACUGUUUGUAUAGAGAUCUUAGAUAUGAAUUAUAGGUUUAUAUUUAGUUUUGAUUGCACAUAACCAUUUAACUUGCAAGCUGAAGUU